UAUCAAAAAAAAAAAAAAGAAUCCUUCAAAUCACAUCACAACGCACACACUCUUCUUUUACCCUUUCUCUUAUUCUUUCAUGUUCCAAACUAAAAUGGCAACUAACUCUCUCCAUUACUCCAUCCAACACCACCAAUGUUCACUCACCAAACGCCACCACCCCUCAGACACCCCACCCCCCACAUCACUUUUCCUCAAACCCCCUACACCCCCCAUACACCACAACAUCACUCUCUCGCACACUCCUUCAAACUCAUAUAUCACCUAUUCCAUCUCUCAAACCACACCUUCCUCCACCACCUCCCAAACCACCCCGUCCUUCGACCUCCUCCGCCACCAUCUCUCCACCAAUAACUUUCAGCUGGCCGAUGAGGAGACGCGUCGUCUCCUCAUCGUGCUUGCUGGCGAAGCCGCACAGAAGCGCGGCUACGUCUUCUUCUCGGAGGUGAAGUUCAUCUCCGAGAGCGCCCUCAGGGCCAUCGACUCCCUCUGGAGGGAGCACAGCGGCGGCAAAUUCGGGUACAGUGUGCAGAAGAAGCUACUGGAGAAGGCCAACGGAGACUUCACCAAGUUCUUCAUCAAGCUUGGGUGGAUGAAGAAGCUUGACACUGAGAUGGAGCAAUACAACUACAGGUCCUUCCCCACUGAGUUCAUCUGGGAGCUCAAUGAUGACACCCCAGAGGGGCAUUUGCCUCUCACAAACGCUCUCAGAGGGACACAGUUGCUUAAUAACGUUCUCAAACACCCAGCUUUUGAUGUAGUUGAUGACAAAGAAGAAGAAGAAGAUGGUGAGAACAAGGACAAUGGGGCAAUCACAGAUAAUGGUUCUUCGUCAAAGACAUUGGGUCAGAGGAUCUUCAAACCGGACUAUAGCUUCUAAGUGCAUAGAGGAUGUACCUUAAUUUGGAGGUCAAAUUUUACGUAUAAGAUAAACAUAUAGUAAUUAGUAUUAAUUUAUUAUCAAACAGUGCAACUGUGCAAGUGGUUACUUCAUUGUAUUUUUUUUUUUCAUUUUUCUUUUUUUACCUUCUUGCUCUUUUUCCAUUAUAUCUGUUUUUUUUUUUGGGCCAAUGUGCUCUUGAAUUUUCUCUGUCUUUAUAAUUUGGCUGACUGCGUUUUACAAACAAAUCAACAGAAGGUUCACUUGUUUGUUGGUUUUUAA